GCGGCAUUGGACCAUCAGUUCUACUGAACAACCCCAAUCAGUAAGAUGAAAACGAGCUAGUUUUCGUUCUUUUUUGCAAGCCUAUACUUUCCAAGUGAAAAUAAAAAAAUCCAUUAAGCCACCGUUUCCUCUGUCGUUUUGUGUGAUUUGGUGUGGUUAUAGUGAAGUGAGAAAGAGUCUCGCAAGUCGAUUGUAAGCUGGCCAAUUUUGAAAUUCAGUGUCGUAGUCAUUAAUUGUGUAGAAGAAAAGUGUUAAGAAUCUCGUCAAAAUGCCGCAGGUCAUCGAAGUUUAUACCCCCUUCCAAACCACUCUGGGUUGCAGCCCGAAACUGCGCUCGGUUCCCAAGUCGCAAAACGUGGUCCGUGGAGUGCCCGUCGUAAACGGCGAUGUCGCUCUGCUGUCGGCUAAGGUGCGUACCUUCCUGGAGGAAUCGGUUGCCACGUGCGGUCCCGAUCGGAUCCAUAUCGUCGACGGAAGCGAACAGGAGAGUGCCGCCUUGAUCAAGGCUCUACAGGCCCAAGGCACCAUCCAUCCGUUGCCCAAGUACGACAACUGCUGGUUGGCUCGCACUAAUCCUGCUGACGUUGCUCGGGUGGAGUCCAAGACCUUCAUCUGCACCCAGCGACGGGAGCAGACCAUUCCAACGCCCAAGGAUGGCAUUAAGGGAACGCUCGGAAACUGGAUCUCUCCGGAAGACUACGAAGCCGCGAUCCGAUCGCGGUUCCCUGGUUGCAUGAAGGGACGCACGAUGUACGUUGUUCCGUUCUCGAUGGGCCCGAUCGCUUCUCCACUAGCCAAGGUUGGCAUUGAAAUCACCGAUUCGGCCUACGUCGUAUGUUCGAUGCGCAUUAUGACUCGCAUGGGACAGGAAGUGCUGGAUAAACUCUCCGACAACUCGGAUUUCAUCAAGUGUCUCCACUCUGUCGGCACUCCGGCCAACGGUAAGAUCGCUAUGUCUUCUUGGCCCUGCGACCCGGAACGUACCAUCAUCCUGCACAAACCGGCCAACAACGAAAUCGUCUCCUAUGGCUCGGGCUACGGUGGCAACUCCCUUCUCGGCAAGAAAUGCUUCGCGCUUCGAAUUGGCAGCACCAUUGCUCAACGUGAAGGAUGGCUCGCAGAACACAUGUUGAUCCUCGGCAUCACCGAUCCCAACGGUGUUAAAAAGUACAUCGCUGCUGCCUUCCCAUCUGCCUGUGGCAAAACUAACCUGGCCAUGAUGAAUCCAACUCUCCCUGGGUACAAAAUGGAAUGCGUUGGAGACGAUAUUGCCUGGAUGAAGUUUGACUCCAAGGGUCAAUUGCGUGCGAUCAACCCUGAAAACGGAUUUUUCGGAGUUGCUCCGGGAACCUCCUCAGAAACCAACCCAAACGCCAUGAAAACCGUCUAUAAGAACACGAUCUUCACCAACGUCGCCGCCACAUCCGACGGAGGAGUUUUCUGGGAAGGAAUGGAAAACGAAAUCGAUCCCGAUGUUGAAAUCACUGACUGGUUGGGCAACCCAUGGAAGCUGGGCGAAUCCAAGACCCCCGCUGCUCAUCCAAAUUCCCGAUUCUGUGCACCUGCCAGUCAAUGUCCAAUCAUUGAUCCAGCCUGGGAGGACAACGAAGGUGUCCCGAUUUCGGCCAUUCUCUUCGGUGGACGUCGCCCAGAAGGUGUCCCCUUAGUCUACGAAGCAAACUCAUGGUCCCACGGAGUGUUCAUUGGAUCUGCCAUGCGAAGUGAAACCACAGCCGCCGCCGAACACAAAGGCAAGAUGAUCAUGAAUGAUCCGUUUGCGAUGCGUCCGUUCUUCGGGUACAACUUCGGUGACUACAUGAAACACUGGCUCAGCAUGGAACAGCGUUGUGCUGCUGCCGGUGGCCAUAUGCCCAAGAUCUUCCACGUCAACUGGUUCCGCAAGGAUGCCAAUGGAAAGUUCCUGUGGCCAGGAUUCGGCGAAAACUGCCGAGUUAUGGAUUGGAUUCUGCAGCGAGUGGAUGACCACGACUGCUACCGGGAAACGGCGGUCGGCCGCAUCCCUGCUCCAGGUGCGCUGAACCUGGAGGGACUGAAGAGCCCAGUGAAUGAGAAGGAACUGUUUUCGAUACCGAAGCAGUUCUGGCUGAAGGAGGUCGAUGAGAUUAAGCAAUACUAUGACAACCAGCUGCCGCAUGACUUGCCGCAGGGAAUCGCCAAAGAACUGCAGGAGCUCAAGGGUCGCGUUGAGCGAAUGUAGGCCAUCUAGCUUUAUACUUGUUUUUAAGGAUCCACGUAUUUUACUCUUAAAUAGGUCUAACUUAUUCCGUAGAAAUUGUGAUAUGACGUUUUUGAGUGUGUUCUUUUGUAAAGGACGACUUACUAAUAAACUACUUUUUUAUAUGUAUCA